AGAGAAUCCAUCUGCGUCGUUCGCUCAGAAAUCCCCCCAAGAACACGACCCUGCAUCUCUCCCAUCUCCUCUCUUCGAACUCACUGCAUCGGUUCUCGUGGUUCAUGGCGGACUCGUGAAAGAUGUCGGCGAUGGAGAAGCUAUUCGCGCAGAUUUUCGAGAGGAGGAACUGGAUCGUCGACCAAGUCAGGCACCAGACUCGUCUCUUCGAUCAACACCUCGCCUCCACUCUCCUCAUCGACGGAGUCGCCCCUCCUCCCUGGCUCCUCCGCUCGCAGCCGUCCUCGGUUCCCAAAGAAUUUCGGAGAGAAGAGCUUAUCACAGAACUUUUGGAACCGCAACUACAAUUUUCAGUUCCUUACUCCAUUGGUCACUGUCCUGUUUAUGAUAAACCCGUGCUUACAGUUGACACGAGAGGGUUUCCAGCUGAUUUAUGUGCAUAUCUUGGCACUUUGCAAGAAACAGGUGAAGCAAGCAGUAAGUUGCCUUUGUUGCAUGAAAAUCCUAAACAUGACACUAGUUUUGUCCUAAAUGGUGCUUUGGAGGCAGAUCCUAACAUUAGGUCCCCUCAACAUCAAAGGGACAUGAUAAUUUCAGAAUAUUAUCAUGAUCUAGAUCAGUCACUGGCAAGGGUCCAGAGAUCCAAGUCGAGGCAAAAGGCUCUUGAGCUCCGGAACAGUGCAAAGGCAUCUGGAAAUUGUUUACGUCAAAAAGAUCCUAUUGUUAACCCCAGCAGAUCUGCUGUUUCUGGGGUUGCCCCUCAACUGUCUGAAAAUGUAUUUUCUGCAGAGCUGGUCAAGCCUUCUCAUGCCAGUUCUCACAUCAAUUCAACAAAAGAAACACAGAUGGUCUACUUCAAUAGCAAGGAAAAGGGCAGCAAAACCAGCAGCGGUAGAGCCAUGAGAUCCUUGGUAUCUGGAAGCUGUCCAAAUGGAUUAUUGGAAAUGGAUGCUCCUUGCAGUAUUGAUCUUGAAGUUCAAAGGCAGAGUGAAGGGGAUAGAGGAGAUUCUUCGAGAAAGGAAAAGGAAAGCAACAUUCGGUGUAGGGAAAUAACAAGACCUCAUAAGUCAACUGAAAACUGUCCUAUGAAUGAAGCUUUGAAGUCCAAUAGUUCCUUCCCUGUUGGAAAGAUCAGUGGUAUGGAUAAGCUAAUGCAACCUGUGAGCCAGGUUGACAACUCUGUGGAGUUGAAUGGAAGUGGCAGCAUACAUGGACUGGAAAGCAGAGAUUGCCAAAUCAAUGGACAUCAAACAACUGUUGAUUGUGGUGAAAUCUCCCAGUUGAGAUGUUAUUCCCAUCAACCUAAUCGUGAGGAACUUCCAGGAUUGGAGAUGUCUUCUGAUCCAGGUGAUGUGAAGAUGGCUGGCUCUUCAGGAAAACCAGUGCAAUCUCCUCAAGAUGAUGAUUGUGGUAAUGGCAAUGCAUUAGUAACUGACAACUUCUUGUUUUCAGGUUGUUCUGUCAAUCAGUUGGGUUCUACCCAUUCUGACCAGCUUAUCACAAGCUCUACCCAUAACCUCCCAAAAGCACACAGUACUACACCAAAUGCCCUGUCCAACUUGUGCAAUAAUUUUGAUCCAGAAAAAUGUGCUACAGAUGCCGCUCAAUCUUCAGUUGCAUUUGAAAAGCCGCCUGAAGGAUCCCCUUUUGGCAUUCCAUCUAACAUUGAUCCUGCUGAUUUGAAUAAUGUGCCAGAAGCAUUAGCCUCAAGCCUUUGCUCUGAUUCUAACAUUCAUUUAAAGCCCAAGCAGCUUGACUUCGAUGAUGCCGGAGAGAAUGGGUGCUGCUUGAAUAAUGUUCCUGGAGCUGUGUUAGAAGAAAGUGUCGAGGACACAGUGCAAGGUAAAGGGCUGGACACCUCAUGGAAGCAGGAAAAAGAGCUUUGAAGAACUU